AAGAGAGGAGGAAGAAAGCAGUACUCUCUGUAAUUCUCCUAAUUGCUCAUCCGCUCCCAGCACCAGUGUAGGAGCCAGUGUGGCAGCAGCAGAACUGCGAGAAGGAUCCGCUCAGCAGCAGCAGUGAGAGAGAGUGGCAGGGAGGCAGGCAGAGGGGCAGGCAGGGAGUCAGGCACAGGGGCAGGCAGGGAGUCAGGGGGCACUGAGCCGGCACUGGGUGAGCAUUGCUGACAGAUCCCAUCGGGCAGCUGGAAAGUGGAAGCUGGGGGCAACCUUGGGGUACGGAAACUUUGCUGCGAUCAUUGCUGUUCGUGAUCCUUUUAACUUGCCUGCCCGCUCCCUGCUUGUGUUGCACUCUCACUGAAACCAGAGGAUUAAAGCGGCUCUAGUAAAGCUACAAGGAACAGAUGGACUGAAAGCUAAAGUGACGUUUCCACUAAGACGGGGAGGUCUCUGGGAAGAGGGUGAGGGGCGAGGGUUUGGCAGGUUCGGGGUCGGGGAGAGAUAAAAGCAUGGGAGUUGCGCUGAGCGGCCGCUGUCCGCUUCCCCUGUGGUGCUGAACUGUGGCCCCGGGCCCGCUCCUGCCUCGGCUCUAGGGAGAGAGAAAGGGGGAGGGGGAGGCGCACACGGUGCUGCUGCUGCUACUGCUUCUCCUGCUGCUGCUACUGCUGGACAUUCAUUCUGGUGGGAGCGCUACAACUGACCGAGGGGAUCCACUGGAGUAAUCACAGCCACCACACUGCUCUGGAUAAUCUUUUAGCACUUGUCCGUGGGGAUUUUAUAUUGCUCUUUUUAUCCUGGAUUAAUUUGGUGUCCGUCUUAUAAACACUUUGGAUAUAACCAGACUUUUUCUCUUAUUGGUGAGGGCAUUGAGUAAUAGAUAAAAAUGCUGAGUUGGCAGUCUGCAGCUUUGUGCAUGGGCUGCUUUCUUCUUUUAACUGAAGGAAGACCAGCAAAAGAAGAAUAUUCCCUUAAACCAUUUCCGCCAUUUAUAAGGCUACGACACAAGCAAGACAAAUAUCACGAGAGCACAAGAAACAAAGGGUUCUUUGGCCAUGAAGAAAGACAUUUUGGAACCUGUGAAAAUAGAUUCUGUGGACUUGGGAGGCACUGUGUGGUUAACAGAGAGACUGGACAGCCAGAGUGCAUGUGUAUGGAACACUGCAAGCCUCAUUUCAAACCUGUUUGUGGUUCUGAUGGAGAAUUUUAUCAAAAUCAUUGUGAAGUACAUAGGGCAGCUUGCAUAAAAAGGCAGAAAAUUUUCAUGGUUCACAAUGAAGACUGCUUUUUUAAAGGUUCCUUAUCAGGAGACAGAUGCAAAGCAACAGAAUACAGUAAGAUGAAGAGCACACUACUAGAUAUACAGAACCAGAAAUAUGUGAAAAAAGAAAAUGACAGAAACAGCGAAGAUAAAACGGGACUAAAAAAAGUGUUGGUGGACCAGAUGUUUAAAUACUUUGAUGGCGAUAACAAUGGACUAGUGGAUAGCAACGAAUUAUCUCAGGUAAUAAAACAGGAUGGGCUUGCCAAAGUACUGCAUGACUGUUCACUGUUUGACCUAGUUAAGUAUGAUGAUUACAAUGGUGAUAAACAUCUUACUCUAGAUGAAUUCUACAGAGCUUUUCAAAUUGUUCAACUGAGCCUUCCUGAAGAUCAGCUGAUUAAAACCACAAGUGUAACAGUCGGACAAAGUAUUGUCUUAAUCUGCGCCAUCCAAGGAAAUCUAAGACCUCCCAUUAUUUGGAAACGUAACAACGUCAUUCUCAACAAGUUGGAUUUAGAAGAUAUCAGUGAUUUUGGAGAUGAUGGAUCUUUAUACAUUACGAAGGCUACCACAACCCACAUGGGAAAUUACAGUUGCCAUGCUGAUGGCUAUGAUAAGCUUUAUCAGAUUCAUAUUCUCCAAGUGAAUGUGCCACCUGUUAUUCGUGUCUAUCCAGAAAGUCAAGCCAGAGAACCAGGGGUGACUGCCAGCCUUAGAUGUCAUGCAGAUGGAAUACCAAAGCCACAGCUCAGUUGGCUAAAGAACGGAAUUGACAUGACUCCAAAAUUAUCUAAACAGCUAACAUUACAAGCAAAUGGCAGUGAAGUUCACAUUAGUAAUGUGCGCUAUGAAGACACCGGCGCCUACACAUGCAUUGCAAAGAACGAAGCUGGCGUGGAUGAAGAUAUUUCUUCUCUCUUUGUAGAGGACUCUGCUAGAAAGACACUUUCCAAUAUAUUGUGGCGAAAAGAAGGUUUUGGGAUUGGAAACUUAUUUUAUGUAUUCAAUAGCGAUGGUAUCAAAGUGAUCCAACCUAUAGAAUGUGAAUACCAGCGGCACAUUAAAGCUAGUGAGAAGAUUUUUGGCACCCAGGGUGAAGUCUGCCCGAAACAUGAUGGAGAAGAAACUCAGAUUUGCCAAUGGGCAUCUGCAGUCAGUGUCAAAGACAAGUUUAUAUAUGCAGCACAACCUCACCUGAACCGGGUUCUUCUGGUUGAUGUACAAACACAAAAAGUUGUGCAGAUUGUAAGCACUGACCCUUUUCCCGUUAAGCUUCACUAUGACAAAUCACAUGACCAGGUCUGGGUUUUGAGCUGGGGAAAUAUGGAUAAAUCAUCUCCCACAUUGCAGGUUAUCACGCAAGCCAGUGGAGGUGUUUCACAUCAUACAAUCCAUACUCAGCCCGUUGGAAAGCAGUUUGACAGAGUUGAUGAUUUUUACAUUCCUGACACCACACUUAUUAUCAGUCAUAUCAGAUAUGGAUUUAUUCUCCACAAAGAUGAACCAGCGCUUUUAAAAAUCGAUUUGGAAACAAUGUCAUACAUCAAGACAUUAAGUUUAAAGGACUAUAACUGCAUUCCCCAGUCUCUUGCCUAUACUCCAUUUGGGGGGUAUUAUUUUAUCCACUGUAAACCUGAUAGCACUGGAGCUAUUGUUCCUCAAGUCAUAGUGGAUAGCGUGACCGAUUCUGUAAUUGGAUAUAACAGAGAUGUCACUGGUGCCCCUUAUAUCUCUCCAGAUGGCCACUAUCUUGUCAGCAUUGAUGAUGUCAAUGGACUGAUGAGAGUCCAACUCAUCUCAAUUCAAGGAGAAAUUAAGGAAUUAUUUGACAUCCACACUAAUUUACAUAUAUCUGAUGUGGCUUUUCAAUCGUCAUUUCUAGAAGCUCACCAGUACAAUGUCUAUGCAAGCUCCAGUACCCAAACGGAUGUCCUCUAUGUAGAGCUGUCAUCUGGAAAAGUUAAAAUGGUGAAAAGCCUAAAAGAACCAUUGAAGUUAGAAGAGUGGCCUUGGAGCUCUAAAAAUCGGAUUAUCCAGGAGAGCGGCCUCUUUGGACAAUACUUGAUGACACCUUCCAAGGAAUCUCUGUUUAUCUUAGAUGGACGACUCAACAAAUUAAACUGUGAGAUCACUGAAGUUGAGAAAGGCAACACAAUUGUUUGGGUUGGAGAGCCAUAGAAACUGUCAUUAAAAUACAAUAAAGACACACAAAUUUUUCUUUUCUUUUUUUUCUUGUAUAUUUUUUUUUUUUUAGUGCUUUAAGCUUUAACCAGUCAUGCAUUCUAAAUAAUUUUGCAGAGUCCAACAAAUUCUAGUCCUCAUGAUAAAGAAUAACAAAUAUGUUUAAUAAAAAAAAAGGGGGUUUCAUAACAAGUAGCUGGGAUUCAUAGUGAAAAUAAAUAAACGCAGCAACUUUUUAUAGCUUUCAUAUAAUAAAGUGUGAAUAAAAAAGCAAGAAAAGAAAAUGAGCUACCAGAAAAAAACGUUAAUUUUCUUUAUUUAAAAUACAAUAUAUGUUUGCAUUUGUUUGCUGAAAAGAACAAAUAUGUCUGUCCUGAGGUCUUGAAACACUUUGUCAGUCUUGCCACCAGUUAAUUUGUGCCUUUGGUGGAAUAUUUUAUAUGAAACAUAAAAUCAGAACAACAUGUUUAAUUCAGUACCACUGGGACUGUUGAUUGUCGGGGGAAGAAGCAUUUCUAAUCUCUGUAAUUGUACAAUAUUUGUUAAACCUACUCUUUCAUUUAGUCUCUUCUGUUCAUCCUAUGUACUUUGUUUAGAAUAUUUUCAUCUGCUACUUGAGCAGUUUUUCAUUUAGAUGUUAGAAAACAGGAUUUAUCACAGACAUGUACAUUUUUCAUCAACAGCUUUCAGGUAAAAACAAAAUAUGGUGUGUUUCAUACAAAAAAUAUUUUUAGCCACUGGGGAUUUCAAUUAUUGUCCAUUAUUAAGCAAUGAAAUGCAUAAAAUAUAAACUAGCAUUAACUGCCACUUCAAAUUUGUCAUUAACCAUAUAAUUAGAUAAUUAUAUGUAGGAUAUUUAAUGAAAUUGGGUUAAAUUCUCAUUGGCUUUACUGUCAAUGUAAUAACACAUUGGGGUCUACUUAUCAUACUGUGUAAAAUGAUAACCGCUAAAGAAAGGUGUAAAAAGCUUUGUAAAAUCAAGGUGUAUGUUGUAUUUACACCACCCAAAUGCCGCAUUUGACACCAUUAUUUUAUACCUCAUCAGACCUUACAUAAUUUGUGCAAGCCAAUGGGAAAAAUUCAAGCAUUAAGUACGUUCCAGUGGAAGUUGCUCUGGAAAAAAAUGGGAUGGACAAAUGCCGUAUAUUCCCUUAGCUAGUCAUUCACGUUUCGGUGAAAAAUUAGUGAAUCUUUCAAGAGAUUCGUGAAACAGUGAAAUGGCAUAAUGGCAAAAAUGGUGUGUGUAAAAAAUAAAUUGUGACGCAGGAGUUGCUUUUUUGACACACGCGUCAGAAAAAUGACAUGUGGGACAAUUAUUUUUUGUCGCGUGGCAAAUUUUUUCCUGACGAAUUUUGCCUAUUUUGCGGAAAAAUCCAUCAGCAGAAAUUCGCUGCGAAUUCAUGCCUGCCGAAAAAAUUUAGCCCAUCGCUACCCAUAGCAUUUCCAAACAGCUGCAUACUUUUACACCUCAUUAUUACACAGAUGUACGCAGUUGCUGAAAUCAAUACACAACCUAAUAAAUACAGGUAUGGGAUCCAUUAUCCGGAAACCCAUUAUACCGAAAGCUUCUAAUUAUGGGAUGGCUAUUUCCUAUAGACUCCAUUU